AUGAUGAAAUUGAGAAGUUUGAAAGAAGAAAUCAAGCUACAAUAUGAGUUUGGAAGUGCGGAGUGUACGCUCGUAUACGUUAAAGUGACAUCGGGAACACAGAGGUUCAGGAACAACGCCCUUGCUAGGGUUUCAAGAGGUAGAUCCAUUGACGGUUUAUGUAUCCAUUUGUUACUUUCCCGCCAAAACCUAACCAUUGCAAAUGGGAGUCUGUUCAAAGAUUCAAAUGGUGGUGGUUUCAUAUCGGUUCAUCUCCAUCUGAAAUUACGAGGAACAAGUUGGAUUAUUUUGAGUGUUUGUAAAAUGGGUAGAGGAAGAGGAAAAGCAAAGAAAAGUUCAAUCAUGGCUCGUGAGGACGGAAGUGGGGAAGAAGAAAAGAUGCCAGUUAAGCGAAGAGGAAGACCGACAAAAGCACAGAAAGAAAAUAAUGAAGAAGAAGAAGAAGCGGAAAAGAUGGAUUAUGAAAACAAAGACACAAAAGUCGAAUCUUCAUUGGAGAAUGGAAGCAAGAGAAAGAAACAAUCUCUAGAGAAUGAAGAAGAAAGCAUGGAAAUGGUGAAAGAUGAAGAAAAUGGUGAUGUGUUAACAAAAUCUGCGGGGUUUAGACAUAAUGGAAGCAGGCGGAAAAACAAGCCACGCAGGGCGGCAGAAGUUGGUGUCAGUGCAUGUCAAGUUUGCAGUUGGGUGGCGCUCAAAAGCUGAUGAGGGGUUUUGGUUUUGGUUUUGGUUUUGGUUUCGGAUUAUUAUAUCAUAAAGGCUUUUAUUUUCUUGUCGUAUUUUAUCAAUCAACUUUUGUAAUGCUUAGAUAUAUAUAUGUCUUUUUGCUAUAGACUUUGAUUUAUAUUGAGAAUUUUUGAACAAGGUUUAUAAUAAUAUCAACCAAGUUUUGGAAAAA